GCGUACAUCUCGACUGUGACAUCACAGUUGGUGUUAUGUUGAGAUUGAGCUGUUUUCCAGCUGUUUUUUUUUGUACACAAGGUUUACAUAAAAUGAGGGAAACAAAUGAGUUUGAGGCUCACGAUCUGUCAUUACCAUGUACAGACCUCUUAUUAUUCAUCUAUGCCUAGAUAAAUACAGUUUUACAUUCCAUGGCACCUUUAAAACAAGACCAAAAUUAGGCUUCCAGACCAAAAAAUGCCAGAGUUAUAUUCAUUUGAAGGGGUAAAGGCUUCACCUUUUCACCCCCCACUCAUAAAGGGCUGUGCCAAGUAAAGGGUUAAUGAUGGUGUAUAUGUGUGUAUGUUUAUUUCAGCAACAUAUGAGAGGAUUACUAUGUGAGUCAGUGUAUAAGCCAGUUAUAGUGUAUGCGUAAGCCUCUGUUGAUGCACCGGGGAACAUUAUGCUUCUGGUGUUAUGUACACGUGAAGCAGAUUACUACCGAGGAACAGACAUAAACACGCAUCCCGAAACACACGGAUGCAUGUCAACACUAAUACCAUCGCUGCAGAAGAAUGUGUAGUCUGGACGAGAUUCCCUUUAAAGUUAUGCUGGACUGUGUAGAGAUACAGAUGGGCGAGAAGGAUCCUGUUGGAGCUCCUGAAAUUGAGAUCCCAGAUUGCACCCAAAUACUGCGUGAUACUAAGUAUUCAUUUACUCUGGAGAAACGGAUCAUGGCUGCAUGCGGAGAACUGCAGCGGAAGAUCAAAAAGGCCAAACAACACCCACAGAUUUUGUGUCCCACCUGUCCUCCAUAUUGGCUGAUGUUCAGCAGCCCGCAGCAUAGUCGUGCGGACCGUCCCGAAAACACAGAAUUAUGGGAACGGGGCCCACGUCCUCGCAGUUUGAGCCUGAGUGCCGUUGAUUCAAAGAGGCUCCGCCCACUGCGGGCAGUCCAGUUUCUCAUCGCUGAUUCUGAGUGCGAAGCCGGGUAUUGUGAAGAUGACGAGGGGUCAUCCACCGAGGAAGAUGCUCCCCGUGGCAAAAGAAGACCACUGAGUUCUGGGCCACACUCUCUCAGACACGUCCAACGAGGCUCCACCCCCAAUAUGGAGACCCGCCCUGGGCCUUCCUCUACACGCCCAAACUCCGCCUCUUCUUUAAAGGACACACAGAAGCCCCUCCCUCCUUCCAUUAGCCAGACGGUGGAGGGCAGUCCUCAUUCUUCCCGAGCUCCUCGCAGGAAUGUUGCUGCGAUGAGAUCCAACGGGCGACGUAACUCAAACACCCUGUUGCAGAAGAGACCCUCAUCCGCAGGACCCCUGCCCUCCACCCGCCAACAAAAACCCCCCUCACAUGGUGUGCGUCCACGGACAUCUGCAGGGCUGCAGGAUGCUUCUGCGGAUCUGCUAUGUGCUUUGAGCGAGGAAGAGAAAGAUCUCCUAGAAGCUGUCACAAAGCACGGAUACACACUUCAUACUGCAAUAAUGGCCCUUCAGAGGACGGGACCAAGAAGACCUGAUCAGAUUUUGAGUUAUCUGACUUCAUGUGAUCGUCUGUGUCGACUGGGUUAUGAGAAGAUGCAGGUGGAAGAAGCUCUGGAGAUGUUUCAGAACUGUGAGAGCAAAGCUGCAGAGUUUUUGUUUUUGCUUGCUCAGUUUUGUGAGAUGGGUUUUCAACAGAGCACCAUUAAAGAAGUUCUGCUGGUCCAUGAGAACCAUAAAGAGAGAGCUCUGGAAGAGCUUAUGACCCGCAGCGGCUGAGAAGACACAUGUGGAUCAUCAGCCAUAUAGAAUAAUCAAGCAUCAUUUCCUUGAACAAAUAUAUAAUUCCUUAAUUCCAUUAACUUUCAACUGGACGGAUGGAUGGAUGGAUUGAAAGAAUUUUAAAAAUUUAUGAAAAAAUGUGAACCAACGAACAAGGACAAAAAUUGAAUUGAACUUAAUUAAACUGAACUAAAUUCCUGAACUAAAAUAAAUUGAACUGAAUUAAAUUGAACUGAACUGAACAAAAACUGAAAUUAGGUUAAAUAAAACUGAACUAAAAUUCUGAACUAAAAUUAAAUGAACUUUAUUAAACUGAACUGAAUCGAAUUUAAUUGAACUGAACAAGAACUGAAAUUAAGUCAAAUUAACUGAAUCAAAGCGAAUUGAACUGAACAAGAUCUGAAAUUAGGUCAAAUUAACUGAACUGAAUCAAACUGAACUAAAGUUAUGAACUAAAAUGAAAUUAACUGAACUUAAUUAAACAGAACUGAAUAUAAUUUAAUUGAACUAAACAAGAACUGAAAUUAAGUAAAAUUAACUGAACUGAAUCAAGCUGAACCAAAGUUCUGAACUAAAAUUAAAUGAACUGAACUUAAUUAAACUGUUAGAUCUGGUCUCCACACCACAGAAAAAAUAUAACGAUCCAGCCCCGGACACCAGAUCACGUCAGAAAAUAUACGUUUACUUUGUUAAAGUAUCUGUCAGAUACAAGGCUGAUCAAUUGUUGCUAGAAGAGAGCAUAAACAGAGGCGUAAACAGAGUCGUGAGACGGAGGUUUUAGAUGAUAAAAUAGAACAGAGUUUUAUUGAUGGACAGUUAGUUUCAGUUGCAUAUGCCUCAAUGUUCAAACCUCUCUACCCCC